AUGGCAAGGUCUUAUGAUCGCGCGUUAACUGUUUUCUCGCCUGAUGGUCACUUAUUCCAAGUCGAAUAUGCAAUAGAGGCAGUGAGGAAGGGGACAUGUGCAGUCGGAGUACGUGGUAAAAAUUGCGUAGUAUUGGGCGUAGAGAAAAAAUCAGUAUUGAAAUUACAAGAUCCAAGAACUGUUAGGAAGAUUGUAAUGUUGGAUGAUCACGUUUGCAUGGCAUUUGCAGGCCUAAGUGCAGAUGCGCGCGUAUUAGUUAAUAAAGCGCGUGUAGAGUGUCAAAGCCAUCGGUUAACGGUCGAGGAUCCAGUAAGCAUUGAGUAUAUAACAUGUUACAUUGCCAGUGUGCAGCAGAAAUAUACUCAAAGCGGUGGAGUACGUCCAUUUGGUAUUUCGACAUUGAUUAUGGGAUUUGAUGCGAAUGAUAAGACACCGCGAUUGUAUCAAACAGAUCCUUCUGGAAUUUACUAUGCAUGGAAGAUAGAAAUCUGGUUAAAAGCAAGUAAUUACGGAGACUAUUUUAACAAGGAUGGACAGGAACUAAGCUCAAACACUGUCCGUGAAUUUCUUGAAAAAAACUAUCAUGAUGAACUUAGUACCGAUGAAGCAAUCAAAUUGACGGUUAGAAGUCUCCUUGAGGUUGUCCAAACCGGUGCCAAGAAUAUCGAGAUUGCGGUUAUGACGUUGGACGCUGGCAUAAAGAACCUAGAAAUUGACGAGGUUGAAGGCAUAGUAACCGAAAUUGAGAAAGAAAAGGAAGCCGAAGCUGAGAAGAAAAAGAAACCUUCAGCAUCAACAAGCACUUAG